AUGGACCCUUUCGGGGAAUGUGAAACCACAGAAGUGGUCAUCUGCGGAUGUGGGCCAACGGGCGCCAUGCUCUCAGGCUAUCUGGGACGGAUGUCUAUAAGCAAUGUCGUCCUCGAGAAGGAGAGCGGGAUUACUACGGAUCCCCGAGGAAUUGCACUGGAUGAGGAUGGCAUCCGUUUAAUUCAAGGCCUUGGGAUAUACGACCAAGUCCAUCAAGACAUUGGGAGCUGUAUGCAGAUAUUCAAGUUCAUUGGAGGUACACAGAAAGACCUUAGUCGGGAUGCAUUUUUGGAGAUGGAUUAUGCUACGACAGAGGGAGGCACAGGCCAUGUUGGCUUCAUCAGCCAUAAACAGCCGGUGUUAGAGAAACACCUUCGGUGCGCUAUGGCCUCAUCAGACUUUUGUCAACUCAGGUCUGGAUGCAGUGUCGUUGAGAUCCAGCAAGAUGACCAAUGGACAUACUGUCGAUACCGUGAUGAAGCCGGAGAGAUCCGUUCUAUACGGUCCCGCUUUCUCGUCGGGGCUGAUGGCAAGACCGGUUUUACUAGAAAAAACUACCUCGAGCCUUUGGGGAUACAAAUGUUGCAAGCACACGAUGCCUUCUACGACGUAACUUGGGUAGCGCUGAACUGGGAAAUAACCCUGCCUGCAAUGGAUACGCACCCUGAUUUUCCGCUAUGGAAGCUAGGAUAUUCGCCAGAGCAGGUGUACGAUCUUUUCUUUCCCAAGAACUUCCGCUUCUUGUGCAAUCCUGAGCGCCCGGCUAUCUGCACUCGAUUCGGUCUCCCUUCAGACCGGCUCUGGAGAUUCGAGUUUGUUGUCCUAGAUGACGAGGAUGGUGAUCUGAUGGCCUCGCCUGAAAAGACUCGAGCGGUCAUCUUUCCCUAUUUGACGCAUUCUGGGAAGCGGUACGGGCUCUUACAUGAUGUGCAGUAUCCGGAGGACUGCAUUCGCGUCCUGAGGUCGAGACCAUUCCGGUUCUCUGCACGCAGUUGCAACAAGUGGUCCCUCGGUCGCGUCGCUCUAUGCGGCGAUGCGGCACACGUUUUCCCUCCAUUCGGCGGCCAAGGCAUCUCAUCUGGCUUUCGCGACGCCGUAUCUCUGGCCUGGCGUCUUGCUUUACUUUGCCGUCAGGGCACACUCGACCCGCCCCGUCACGAAAUUGUCCUCAAGAGCUGGUACCUGGAGCGCAAGCAGCAGCUAGAGAGAUCCCUCGCAGUAACGAUACGAAACGGAGAAUUCGUCACAGAAGGAAAUCCGUUGAAGAUAUUCCUCCGCUCUUGUUACUUGUUUAUCAUGAACCUAGUCCCCAGCUGGCGACGAGAGCUGCGACUCGGCCACAGAAAGGGUAUGAUUCGCUAUCAGUUUGCAGCCGGUAUGCCCUUCAUUCCCGACCUAAAUGGAGGACUUUGCCUUCCUCAGGUGUACUGCAAGUCUAGAACUGGGGAAGUAUUCUUCACGGACGAUGUCAUUUUCCACCCAUCCAAAAGGGGUUUGUUCCAACUGCUUAUCUACCUCGAGAACCCGAGUGAGCUUGAGUCCGCCAGGGAGUCGGUCUCUUCCAUCGAGGGAUUUGCGAAGGGUGAAAUCCAUCUUGACGAGGCUACCUAUGUUAUCAAUGAGACCGAGCAGAGUUUCGACUCCUCGAACCUCCAUGGCGCAGACUCGGUGUAUCAGCUCGCAAGCGCUGAGGAGUUUGCAAAGUCUCCAUUGUGCGAAGGGCGCCCUGAACCUCAGUACUAUGAUAUGCACUACCUUGGCAAGACGCUCGGAGGGAGCAAGUUUGUAAUUGUCCGUCCGGAUCGUUUUAUAUAUGCUGCGUGCAGUAACGGCGAGGAACUCAAACAAGCAAUUAUAGAGGCCGUUAAUUAUUUGCUGCAUGCAGUAACGGCGAGGAACUCAAGAGAGCGACUAUAG